UCUGUCAAAAUAUUGCGAAAUGUUUGAAGUAUCGGAGAAAACUCAAAAUUGUUCUAAAUCUGAAAAUGUGACAAUACCUACUUAUUAAUAAGUAAAUAAGUAUGUAUUAUGCCAAAAAUACUAAAUUUCCAUAAGAUCCCUGACGAAUGCUCGUAAACUUUGAUUCAAAUUUCAAAUAACCUCAAAACACAUCCGAAAUGCCGAAAGUUAAUUCAGCCAGAAUAGCUGAGGCACAGCGACAAAGACAACAUAUAGCUAAGAAAUCCGAGAAAUAUUGUCCAAGUACUGUUUACUUGCAAGUACUCGGAUCUGGCGCUCGAGGAGCGCCUAACACACUUUAUCUUUUCACUGACCAGAAACGAUACUUGUUUAACUGUGGGGAGGGUACACAGCGUCUAGCACAUGAACACAAGGUGAAGUUAUCACGGCUAGACCAUAUUUUUAUUACCAGUAAGACCUGGAAGAAUAUUGGAGGGCUACCUGGCUUAUCUUUGACAUUACAAGAUGUUGGAGUUCCUAAUAUUACUUUGCAUGGACCUGAAGGAUUGGAUGAAUUGUACAAUGCCACCAGACGAUUUGUAAUAAUGAAAGACAUGAAUGUUACAAUGGCAAAUUGUAGUCCUAGUGAAGAUUUUGAGGAUAGUACAAUGACUGUCAAAUAUGUGUUACUUGGCCCACAUGUUGAUUUAUUAGGAGGCAAAGAUGUUAAACCUAUAACAAAGAAACCAAAAAUAGAUUCUAAUGCUGAUAAAGAUUUUGAAGAGUUCAUUCAUGAUGAAACCGAUUACUAUAAACCGGAAGCCCAAACUGUUGACAGCAAAUGCAGCAGGAUGUCUAGAUCUAAACCAAAACCUGGUCUUGAUAAAGAUUCAAUGAAGAAGAAAACUGAAAAAGUGUUACAUGAUUUAACAAAGAAAACUAAUUGCUCUGUGGCAUUCAUUUGCACUCUAAAGAAACGGCUGGGCACAUUAGACCUGGCCAAGUGCGUGGAGUUUGGCGUGAAACCAGGUCCAAUGUUGGGCCAGUUGAAGGCUGGACAGAACGUGGUGCUGCCGGACGGCACGCUCGUGCUCUCCAGCGACGUGAAGACUCCAGACGACCCGGGACCAGUGUUCAUUGUGUUAGAUAUACCAGAAAUAUCCUAUUUGAAGGAAGAAGAGUUCUCUAGUCACUUCGACAACGGCUCGAAUCCGGCGGAGAAUAUACCAGCGCUCAUAGUACACUUCACACCGCCUGAGGUCUUUCAUCAUCCAACGUACAAAGCAUUCGUGGCAAUGUUCGGUCCCACCACCCGUCACCUGAUCCUCAACGCCCAGAAUUCUUGUCUUGGCUCGGAAGCGGUUCAUAGAACGCAACACAGGCUGCAUUUGCUCGAUCCUGAUAUAUUCCCGCUGUUGAGAGACGCGAGCGUGGCCGCCGUAUGGAAUACACACCCUCCCGUACCAAAGACGAAUAGCCCUAUCAGGAUCAAGGGUUUGGAGGAAUUGAAGAAUAAGAUUGCGCUCGCGCAGUUCCAGAACAUUAUAAACAUGGAGGGGUCGUGUAAGGGCGACGGGGAACAAAGACAUAGCGACGGACCGGACGAGGAACAAAACAAAUUUGAUUUGAUUGCUGGCAGGACUCUUACCACCUUCCACUUGAGACCCAAGAAAGAACUGGACAGGUCCUCUGAACCGAAGUUACACGUCCAAGAUUAUAUUCAAGAGGCAAUGGACGUGGAUGGAUUCGCCGCUAGUUUAGAUCACUUCAGGCGGCAGGUGGAAGGCAUGCGGUACGCGAAAACUGACUGCAAGGAGUACCCCAAGGUUGUGUUCUUGGGCACAGGCUCUUGUAUACCAAGCAAAACUAGGAAUACAAGCGCAAUUGUGCUACAUGUCGAUGACAAUCGGUCCAUCUUAAUGGAUUGUGGUGAGGGAACGUUUGGCCAGCUGGUCCGUUUCUAUGGACCCAAGCGCGUGAGUGCUUUCCUGAGGACACUGAAAGCUGUAUAUAUUUCACAUUUACAUGCAGAUCACCAUAUUGGUUUGAUCAGUGUGAUACAGGCAAGAAGACAGGCAUUCGCUGAAGUGAAUCCAGAUAAUACCCCAGAACCUUUGUAUUUGUUAGCACCCGGACAGAUAUUCACGUGGUUGUCUAUGUACGAUCAGCAGUUUGAGAAAAUAAGGGGGGACUUCACGCUGGUGCCUAAUCAAACAUUGCUCCAAGACGCGUUGAAUACGAACAAGGAAAUGACGUCAGCCGUAUUAGCCAAUAUCGGCGUGCAUCAGAUCCGGACAUGCUUGGUGUCUCACUGCCCUAACGCGUUCGGAGUUGCUAUAGAUGUGGACACGAAAUAUAAAUUCACUUACUCUGGUGAUACGAUACCGUGCGAGGAACUAGUCGAGAUAGGUCGGGACUCCACGUUGUUGAUUCACGAAGCGACAAUGGAGGACGAGUUGGCCGACGAGGCCCGUACCAAGAUGCAUUCUACCACCAGCCAAGCGAUAGACAUCGGUAAACGGAUGAACGCUCGGUACACAGUAUUAACACACUUCAGUCAGCGGUAUGCGCGGCUGCCGCGACUAAGCCCGCAUAUACUCAACGACAAUCACAGCGUCGGCAUCGCCUUCGAUAACAUGCAGAUAACAAUGGCUGAUCUGGAACUCCUGCCACAUAUGUACGCGCCUUUACAACUCAUGUUCGCCGAACACUGCGUAGAAAUGGAAUUGAAAGCUGCCAAUCGCGCCCGAAAGAAGGAACGGAGAGCUUCGUCGCCGAACAUUGCCGCCGGUACUGUGCGAUCAUAUUCCACAGACUCUAUACAUAACACAGACUACAACACACGACAACCGAAAAAAGCUAAACAUAGAGAGACAAAAGAGGAUUCACAGUCCUCUUCUCACACUGACACACUAGAAAACACUAAAAAUAUUACACUUAAUGACACAGUAGAUUCAC